CAGCUUCCCAUGCACCUUUAGAUUAAGCCCCAAACAGCAAGCUUGUGGUGAACCAGCGAGAGAGAGAGAUGGAGAAGAGAUGGUCUCUUCAUGGAGCCACUGCUUUGGUCACCGGUGGCUCUAAAGGAAUCGGGAAAGCGAUAGUAGAAGAGCUGGCCAGGCUCGGAGCAAAGGUGCACACUUGUGCUCGGAAUCAAGUUGAGCUUGAUAAAUCCCUUCAGCACUGGCUUAGCUUGAAACUUGAUGUCACAGCUUCAGUUUGUGAUGUUUCCUCUCGAGCAGAGAGGGAGAAAUUGGUCGCCACAGUUUCUUCUCUCUUCCAAGGGAGCCUCAACAUACUUGUUAAUAACACAGGAACUUCGAUAAUGAAAACAGCCCUUGAAAGUAGUUUAGAGGAUUACUCAUUUCUGAUGGCCACCAAUUUGGAAUCAGCUCUUCACCUCAGCCAACUUUGUCACCCGCUUCUCAAGGCUUCCGGCGCCGGCAGCAUCGUCUUCAUCUCCUCCGUUUCAGGGCUCGUCGCCACUCCAAUUUCAACCGUGUACGGUCUCACUAAAGGUGCAAUGAACCAAUUGACGAGAAAUCUGGCUUUGGAGUGGGCACAAGACAACAUCCGAUCCAAUUGCAUCGCCCCGGGUCCAAUUCUAACUCCAUUAGCAGAACGGUAUUUUAAACAAGAGAAUGCUCCGACGAUAGAAAGCUUUGGGAUUCCGUUGGGACGCGCCGGCGAACCGGAGGAGGUGGCGGCACUGGCGGCGUUUCUGUGCAUGCCUUCAGCUUCUUAUAUUACCGGUCAGGUGGUUGCGGUCGAUGGAGGGUUGACCAUAUGCCGCUGAUUGAAACCAAAUUAAAAAUAUAUUAUAAAGUUUAAUUUUAUAUAAUUUGCAGCUUCCAUGUUAUGCGAACGCCAAAUAAAUUAUAAUUAGUAUUGUGCUGUCAA